AUGAAGCAGAAGAUUUUUAUGCAUCUAUCCAAUGGAGAAACGAUUUCAUUCUGGAAGUGCUUGCUUCUUGGGGAGGUGACUCUGAGAAAAUUCUCUUUGAACAUGAUUUACAUGGGUGCAAUUAUAUUUGGUGACUUGGGUUUUGAAUCUGACACCCUACAAGGGGAGAAGGUGAUGAAGCAAUCCUUGAUGGAGUUGGCAAUGCAGGAGCAAGUUAGAGAGAGGCAGGAAAUGGAAAAGAAGAUGCAAAAGCUAAUCAAGACCAUGGAUCAUUUUAAAAGAGCCAAAAGGGAAGAGGCUGCACCUCUCAUUGAAGCUACUUUCCAAAGAUGUUUGGCUGAAGAGAAACUCCGCCAUGAACACGAACAACAGCUUGAGGUUGAACUGAGCAGAGAGCGUCAGAAGGAGAUUUGAAGGAGAAGUAUAGACUUGCUCGUGUUAUGGAACAUAAGAUGGAACUUGAGGAAAAAGUUGUGAGCAAGCGAAAGGCAGAGUAUGAUAGAAUGAGAGCUGAGAGAGAGGAAAGACUUGGCCAAAUCCUCAAGGCACGAAAAGAGGAAAGGGACCUAAAAGGGAAAAUGUUGUUUAUUUGAAAACUGAAAAAGAAAGGCUCAACAAGCUUCAUGAGGAAGAAUAAGCCCGCAAACGUGAAGAGGCUGAAAGGCGCAAGAAAGAGGAGGCUGAACAGAGGGCGAAGUUGGAUGAAAUAGCUGAAAGGCAGAGGAAAAGAGAAUAAGAACUUGAAGAAAGAGAGAGGCUUAGGAAGGAAGCUAUCUUACGUGGAACACCGCUCGAUGACCCAACCAGGCCGUUUUGAGCUUCAAAGCUAAGAAUCUUAAUUGAAAAUUUAAAUGAAAAAUUGCUAAUUUCCAUACAAGAAUAGCAAAGAUGAUGGUUCAGACAACAAUUUGAUUGGUCAAUUUGGUGUGGGAUUUUAUUAUGCCUUCCAAGUUGCUUGAUGAUAACAUUAUGUAUCAGAUAACAAUUUAUGUUUAAUUUGUAGCAUUUCGAUGUAUUGGAUAUUAUUAUAGUUUCUAUAGAAAUACUACUUUUGGUUUUAUAUUAAUUGUAUUUUUAUAAAUUGAUAUAAAUAGUCG